CGAGAGAAAGCGACAGAGAGAGUGAGUGAAUGAAGAAGAAGAAAAUGGACUGAAUAAAAGCGAUGCACAGAAUCAACGGGAUUUCCUACGUACUGACGCGAUCGGCUGCUGUCGAGUCUCUGUGCUGGAUUUGACUGACACCUGCCCAGUCUUUGUUUUGUCUGGUUUCUCUGUGAUGCUGAAACAUUGAUGGAGGUACAACCAAGUCACCUGGUACGACUGUAUACCUGGCUGCAAGAGCUGCACUGACAGAGGUUGGCUAAGUGGUCACAACAGUGGGUGGACAGACCAAGUGUCCACAUCAACGCAUGUUCUGACCUUGGCACGGCUGUCGGAAGAACCGUUUAGCCAAUCAGAAGAGGUGAGAGGCGAGGUGAGCCAAUCAGGGAGAGAUGUUGGGGCAGGGCGGGCAUGUGGCCCUGGCUCGCCUCUCAUUACUGCUUCUACUGUGGCGUGAAGCAACACUCAUCGAAGUCCCACAAGACCCAAAGAUCCAGCAAGACAUGAAGCAGCCCCCCACUAUAAUCAAACAGUCAGGGAAGGACUACAUUGUCGAUCCCAGAGAUAACAUCAUCAUCGAGUGUGAGGCCAAGGGCAACCCAGUGCCUACGUUCUCAUGGCGAAGGAAUGGAAAGUUUUACAAUAUCGGCAAAGAUCCAAGGGUGACGAUGCGAAAGCGCUCGGGGACGUUGGAGAUCGGUUUCCGUAGCGGAGGACGACCAGUAGACUACGAAGGAGAGUACCAAUGUUUCGCCGCAAAUGACUUUGGAAUGGCUAUGACCAACAAAAUCCUCCUCCGGGUCUCGAAGGCUCCUCUGUGGCCAAAGGAGGUGCUGGAGCCAGUGGUGGUGACUGAAGGCUCCCCCCUAGUUCUACCCUGCAACCCCCCACCUGGUCUUCCUCCUCCGUUCACCUUCUGGAUGAACAGUGCUAUGAUUCCGAUACCACAGGAUAAGAGAGUCUCCAUGGGAUUGAACGGAGACCUGUACUUCUCCAAUGUCAUUGGUCAAGACUCUCACACAGACUACAGCUGCAAUGCUCGCUUCCCCUUCACUCACACCAUCCAGCAGAAGAACCCGUUCACACUCAAAGUUCAGAACAAGGAACCAUAUAAUGAUACAUCUUACAAUGCUACUGACCCCUAUGGUGGCCGUAAAGUAGUGGAGACUACACCCAUGUUCCUCACCCCGUCAGGCACUGAGAGCUCCAAGAUGGUGCUACGAGAUGAGCAGCUGCUGCUAGAGUGUAUCGCUGCUGGACUACCAACGCCCACCAUCAAGUGGUUUAAGAAGGGUGGGGACCUGCCAGGACACAAAGUGAAGUUUGAUAAAUUUAACAAGACCCUGAAGAUUGUCAGUGUGUCAGAGGAGGAUGCUGGGGCUUAUGUGUGCAUGGCUAACAAUCGUUUAGGCAGCAUACGCCACACCAUCUAUGUCGAAGUGAAAGCGGCUCCUUACUGGCUAGACAAACCUACAGACCUGGUGCUUUCCCCGGAUGAGAAUGGGCGGCUGGUGUGUCGCGCCAAUGGGAACCCUAAACCUACCAUUCAGUGGCUGAUCAAUGGACAGCCUAUAGAAACCUCUCCCCCCAACCCCAGCACACAGGUGUUAGGUGACACCAUCAUCUUCCGCUCAGUGCAGAUGGGAAGCAGUGCUGUCUAUCAGUGCAACGCCUCCAACCAGCACGGUUACCUGUUGGCCAAUGCCUUUGUCAGUGUUCUAGACAUGCGUCCGAGGAUGCUGGGCCCUAAAAACCAGCUGAUUAAAGUUGUUGAAAACAAUCGCACCUUCCUGGAUUGUCCGUUCUUUGGUUCCCCUCUGCCUGAGCUUCGUUGGUUUAAGAAUGGACAGGGCAGCGGGCUGGAUGGUGGUCAGUACCGCGUUUACAUCAACGGCACGCUGGAGAUCAAAAAAGCACGAGCAGAAGACGAGGGUACCUACACGUGUGUGGCCAGCAGCAUCCUGGGCAAAGCUGAGAACCAGGUUCGCCUGCAGGUCAAAGAGCCGACACGUAUCGUCCGAGCCCCUGAGCACGAGUCGGUCACCAGGGGAUCCACGGUUAGUUUCAGCUGUAAAGUGAAGUCUGAUCCCAGCCUGCCUGUCACUGUGACCUGGACCAAGGAUGACAAGUUUCUCUAUUUUGGAUGGAGGCUGAAGAAGGACGAUGACUCACUGACCAUCAACAAUGUGAAUGAGGGUGAUGAGGGAACAUACACCUGCACUGUUAAAUCUGAGAUAGACCAGGACUCUGCCUCUGCCCGCCUCACUGUGUUAGAGGAAGCCUUCAACCCCUCAAUCUAUAGUGCCUUGCCUCCAGACCGCCCAGACCCUCCCAUGGAUCUGGAGCUGUCAGACCCAGCAGCCCGCAGCAUUCGCCUCACCUGGAUCCCUGGAAAUGAGCACAGGAGCCCCAUCAGAGAGUUCAUGGUCCAGUUUGAAGAGAACCGCUGGGAGCCAGGCAGGUGGCAAAACCUGUCCACUUACCCUGGGGACCUCAACUCUGUCAUCCUGCAGCUCGCCCCCUUUGUCAACUACCAAUUCAGGGUCAUAGCAAUCAACUCAGUGGGGCAGAGUAAGCCCAGCAACCCCUCACCCAGAUACAAGACCAGUGGAGCUGCCCCGGAUGCCAUUCCCAGAGGUCUCCGAGGAUGGGGUUCCAAAAACGACAACAUGGAGAUCACGUGGGAGCCUCUGCUAGAUCUGGAGAGAAAUGGUCCAAACCUGCACUAUAAUGUGUGGUGGAGGCUGAAGGAUACAGAGGAGGAGUGGAGUAAUGUGACCACGGAGGGCACCAAACAUGUUGUCCACAACACAGAAACCUAUGUGCCUUAUGAGAUCAAAAUCCAGGCCAGAAAUGAUUUUGGACCAGGACCGGAGUCUAAUGUGGUCAAUGGAUACUCUGGAGAGGACAAGCCCACCGACGCUCCCAAAGACCUGCGGGUAUCAAAAGUCAACAGCACUGAAGUCAACGUCCACUGGAAAUCUGUGGACCCAAGCUCUGUCCUGGGAGAGUUCAAAGAGUACAGAUUGUAUUACUGGCGUGAGUCCAGUCUAGUCCCGGGUCUGUCGGUCAGGAUGGAGAACAAGACCAAAGGCUUCUACAGCACCAUGCCCGAGCCGUCUGCCACCCUCACUGACCUGGUGCCCUACUCUAAAUAUAAGAUGGUCAUGGUUGCGGCCAACAAUCGCUUUGAGGGUCCUCCCAGCAACCCAGUGGAAUUCACCACCAAGGAGGGAGUUCCUGAUGCUCCAAGGUUCUUCAGGAUCAACCGCAGGAGUUUUGACACACUCUACUUGGAAUGGGACAAACCUUUGGAGCCCAACGGCAAUCUGAUUGGAUACCAGCUCAAGUAUCAAACAGUCAAUGGUUCCAAGGUAGUUCAGUCACACCUGCAGACCUUUCUUCCAAAUGCGACACACUUCACCUUGCGCAUGCCGGACCGAUCCGUCCACUACAAGUUCUUCCUGUCAGCACUGACUCAGGUGGGAACAGGCGAGGUCUAUGCUGAGGAGUCUCCACACUUUGCGAAUGAGGAAAACGUUACUGAUACUACAGGUCUAGUCGAUCUUACCGACGCCUCUGUGGCCUCACGUUUCACUCCUACUCCUACUCCUCUUGCUUCUCUUCCUCCUACAACCAUCACGCCUACAACUAUUAGCACCUCAACUACUACCACUCCUACUACUACAGCCUCUACUACUACUACUACCACUCCUACUACUACUACUACUACUACUGCUACUACUACUACACCUUCUACUACCACCACCGCCACUCCAACUGAGGCGACAAUGACCAGCACACCUCCUGUGCUGGUCACCACCAGGCAUACAGAUCAGAACGUGUUGGUGGUCCCUGGGCGGAAGAUCUGGAAUCUGACGGUGGAGCCUAACAGUAACUACGCUAACGUCAGCUGGAAACACAACUUCCCUGCCGGCAGCAGCGAGUUUGUGCUAGAGUUCACACUGGACAGCGACAAGACGGUGAAAGUUGUAUCAGUGAACCAACAGCCCCCUGUUAAAGUGGCGGAUCUGAUCGCAGGUGCCAAGUACCAUCUGAGAGUUUACUCCCAUGAACUCAACAGCAUCAGCAGCAAAUAUGUCACCUUUAAGACCAAACCAGCCUACAUAGACCAGGUGGACAUCGCCACUCAAGGGUGGUUUAUCGGCUUGAUGUGCGCCAUCGCCCUCAUCAUACUCAUCCUCCUCAUCGUCUGCUUCAUAAAGAGGAGUCGUGGGGGCAAAUAUCCAGGUGGCGCCUUUGUGACUGGUUUCGCAAAAUAUCUUGUGCGUGACAAAAAAGAUCUGCCCUUAGACCCAGUGGAUCACAAAGACCAGGAUGGAUCGUUUGAUUACCACAGCGACGAGGACAACAAGCCUCUGCAGGGCAGCCAGACUUCACUGGACGGCAACGUGAAGGAGAGCGACGACAGCCUGGUGGACUACGGUGAAGGCGGCGACGGCCAGUUCAACGAGGACGGCUCUUUCAUUGGUCAGUACACGGUGAAGAAGGACAAGGAUGAGACGGAGGGCAAUGAGAGCUCUGAGGCCACUUCACCAGUCAAUGCUAUCUACUCGCUGGCGUAGCCCCCUAGCAGCACAUGGGGGGGGACUUAGCGGCCCCUGCUUGAUUUGAUGGAGACCACAGCACCACACACCAGACACAAACACUCCCACACAUGAAUAUAUUAGUCUAUGAAACACAAUAAACGCAGAAGAAUUGGAGCAGGGCCUUGUCUGGAGACUAUGUAGACCUUCCCACUGAUCAUGAACAUGAAGAAACAAGGGAGUGGAAUACGACCACAGGCCUUUACUUUAUGUUUCCAGCUCUUAAGAAAAUGGGUGAUGUUUGGAAAAAGUGGACAGUGCUUGUUUUCCUCUGCCCUCUGCCGGCCCUUUACCCACACAAACUUGACGUGUGCCUUCGGGGCAGCUUCCAGUAUGUGGAGGCAUCAACAAGUGUUUGUCUAGAGAUUUUUCUUUGGUUUGUUCCUGCUCUGAACAUUUUCACUGCUUUCCUUUCGGAUACACCCCUCAUACCUCUGAAUACUCACUCACACACACAGACACACACACUCGCCCCCUAUUGCAACAUAUCAGCUUGUUACCAUCAAUCUCAACUGGAUGCUGGCAGAUAUGUUUAUCAUAUUGAUAUUUAUGCAGUGAGAGAUUUGAGUUAUUCCACAGCUGGUAGACAAGUUAUUGAAUCUUACUGAAUGCUGUAUACAGUCUUGGCACACAUUUUAGUGCCCCGAAAAACUAUGCACUAUCUCACCUCCUCAAAACCACUUUGGGUUUAAUCUGGUAAGUAAAAGUACAUUUGAGUUUUGUUUUUUUUUACCACUUCCAGCCUAAACUCAUAUGCUUUCAUUCACUUUGCCUUGUCUCAUAUGGUAGACAUGAUGUUCUUACCUCUAACCAUAUGUUAAAGUGCAGACGUAAAAUGGCUGCCGUGAUGGCCGACGCCAUUUUUGCCACAAACAACAGACGUUGCUGUCAUGUGUUUUGAAUCGUUCCCAUGUUUAAAGGAUGACAAAUGAUAUUUUGCAGUAUCUCGAGCAGGAGCAAGGAACACCAGUUGUUGGUGAACACCAGUAGACCACAACCCAGGGAAAUCUCCGAGAUAGCAUGUAGGCUAAUGCUGCACACAUGUCCAAUAGGACAGUAACAUGUUGACAGCUGGAGCUGUGAACCUUAAAUUAUUAUUAUUAUUAUUAUUAUUAUUAUUAUUGUUAUCAUUAUAUUGGUUUCUCAUUUAUUAACAACAUGAAAAAGAAAGCAGCCUGUGUUCAGUAUGUUUUAUUGCAAAGUUAUUAGUGAUCUGAUGAUUAAUUGUAAUUAGUUUAAAAUGGUCAUUCAUAUCACUCUAUGGGCAGCAUAUUAUCACUUAUCAACGUUGACAUUGGUUUGACAUUAAUUGGGUUCAGACCCCAAAGUAUCAACACAAUAUGCCAUCACGUUAAAAGCUCAUUGUCGUUCUCUCCUGUGGGACAUGAAUGCAGCAUGAGAGGAUGGAAUCCUUAACGUGUGUUCACACUAAAAUUUUGCAUUGUUAUUUACACAAACUGAAUGACUGGAUUGUAAUUACAGUCUGUGUUUACUUGACCCAAACAGCCAGUGUACACACACAAGUUGAAAGGCCAACUGUAUGCACUAACCAGUUCUUUCUGUUUUUUGUUUUUUUUGUUCUGUACACCUCGUUCACGAUUUUCUGUUGUUGACCCACCUUUUUUUUAAAAUCCAAAACCGCCUUUACCGAGGAGACUGCACCUCAUUCCUUCCCCUCUUUUUCAAUAAAAAAAAAUGACCAAGCAUUACAAUGGAAAAAAUACUGCAUUUAGAACCAAAUAGGAGAAAAAAAUGACAAUAUUUACAGCAUGGAAAUAUAUACAUUAAAUUUACAGCCAGUUUUGAAAUGAAAUGCAUAGGCUGAAUUUUACUUACUCGCAGAGGAUGUAAGAAAAAGUAAUAUAGUUUGAGUAACAGAGUUAAGUUUUUAGAAGUCAACAAGCUCAGUAUUCCACACACCCACUAUCACGUUGUUCAUGUCGUCAAUGAACUGAUUUUCAAUAAUUCACUCAUGUUUUUUUUUUGUACUAAAAUCUGGUGUCUAAUUGAAGUUAUUUGCAGGUCAACAGGGCAAUUAGACCCUCCAGUGCUAAACACAUAGAUACAUAAUUGCAGCUUUGUUUUACAUUGCAUUUUAAAUAUGUAUUUUAUAUUUGUAUUCAUGAUAUUAUGUUGAUAGUAUUAAUAUAUUAGCCGUUCAUUUGAUUAUUGUUAUAUACACGUUUCUGACAAGUUUAUUCUAGUUUUCACACACCAGAAUUAGCCAAAGUCGAGAUGUCUCCAGAAUCUGUCGUCCCACUGAAACGUAUGUACACGAUAUUUUUGUAGCAGCUGGCUUUUUCUGUAAACAAAAAACGAGUCAAAUACCUGU